AUGGCUAAGGGGGCGGUACAUAUCACCGGGUCCAACUUCGCCUGUCGGCGCCGGUUGCGCUGGGACAUCCUCGACCGUAUGAGGAAACUGGUCCAGAAUGGAACGUGCGAACGACCAAGGUGGCUGGAAUGGGUAGAGCGUGCACCACCGCUUGAGACAAGAAACAUGCUCCACUGCGACAAGACCAUUCGCAAUCCAUACCCGUCCCUGGUGGCCGAUCUUUUGCGGAAGUACCCACACCUCAGAUUCGAGGGUUGCUACCGGCCCGACAACCAGUGGCAAAAAGGCCUCGACAACUACGCCGUUGAUCACCCGGUAACGCAGUUUGUCGCCAAUCAACUUGCACUAAUGAACCGCGGAAUGUCUCGCCGUGAAGCGUUUUUGAAGACGGAGCAGAUGUUCUACAAGCGCCGCAUGGAAACCGAGGGUCGGCUCAAGGUGGCGAUGGCACUCGGCGUCGACGAAAGCGCGGAACCGCUUUACACUACGGGAUAUGCGUACUUGCAUAAAAAAAUCGCACAAGAGCGCGGAGUGUUCCUCACCCAUGUCAGGGACGAAUUGAGGUACCUUAAGAUAGCUAUAGAACCCAUAUGCUCAUUCAGGCGCAUGAAGAAUGUAGCCAUGCAGCGGCAACAGCAUAAAGCACAAGGCGUCGCACCUGCAGAUGAUAAGUCAGAUAACCCGAAGUAG